AAGAAAUGGAAGGCAGCCAUUGUUUUUAAUUUUCAAUAAAGUUAUGUUGUAAAAUGGCCGGUGAUGUCUUUUAUUAUAGUUUCAAAAAAUACAUACCGCAGCAAUUAAACAACGUUCGUUUAACCCAGUAAACGGUCCUGUAAAGUAGAAGUUGUGUUCAAUUACAGUCUACAAAGUUUAAACAAAAAAAUCGAUAUAAAGAGGAUACUGCUACGUUAAAACGUGCCGCCAAGAUGUCUUGGCCGACUUGGUCUACCGCCGGAGCGCCCAUUCCUGCGCCUUUAGCCGCCCCCGUACAAUCCACCUUGUUGCCGGUGAAUUCCGCCCCCGCCGUCAUGGCGCCGCUGGGCAGCUACAGCCAGGAGCAAUGGGCCCAAGUGCAACAGCAAAACUGGCAACAAUGGGCCCAGUGGCAGCAGCAGUACCAACAAUGGCACCAGCAAUACGGAGCAGAGUACCAAAAGUCGUUGAGCGCCUUGCAAAGCAACAUCCCGAACGUAGGUGGAGUACAACCGCCUCUACCCACGCCUCUAUCCGCAUCGAUGGUACCUCCUCUGCCGGUGGUGGAGACUAACAAUAAACCUCCGUUACCACCAGACGAGCCGCCUCACCAUCUAAACUUCUCGAGCCAAGCGAACGUGCACCAAAUGGGCUACAGCACGGCGCCUCUGCUGGCCCAGCAUUCCGUGCCGCCUCCGCAGGUGGUCCAAAGCGCCGUGCACCAUCAGAAUUGGCAGAGCGCCGCCCAGAAGAGACCCUCGGCGCAAGACUCGGGCGGCGAGAAGCCUAAACGUUUGAUGCUCGAGAAAACCUCGAGCCAAUGGACCCAACCGAAGCAGCCGUGGGAGAACAAUUCGAGCUACAACCAACCGCCUCCGCUGGUCCCCGCCAAAGCGGCGGCGAACGUCGAGGAGCUGUCGGAGGCGGAGAAGAAGUUCGACAAGGAGUUCGCGGCGUGGGAGGCGCAGUUCAACAAGUGGAAGGAGCAGAACGCCAACCAUCCCGAUAAAAUUCAGUAUAAGGAGUACGAGAAGAAGUGGGAGUCGUGGAGGAAUUCGCUGCUGGAGCGCAGGGAGCAGAUGAGACGGAGGCGGCUCGGUUUGGUCGGGCAGAAAUCGCCGAAUACUUCGACUGUAACUGCGGUAAAUUCGACGGGGAAGUCUUCGUUGUUGGGGCAAUAUCCGGGAUCGGUUCAAGCGAGUCAAUCCGGUGAAUUCGGUAAAAUUACCAACGAAUCGGUGGUGUUUAAAACGGACGAAGACGCGAAUCCCGGCGAGAGUUUCCUAAAGUCGUCGUCUACGGGUGGAAUCCCGGGACUGGAUUUGGUUAAAGAGGGCACGAACGACGAGAAUCUACCCGAUCGAUCGGUGGAAACGAAAAGCGAGAAAAAUCCGACGGAACAAUCGCACAAAGGGCCCGACUUCGACGCCAUCUCCAAAGGCAUCAAUUCGAUACUCGGCGAUCGGAAGUUGCUCAGCAUGCUGUCGUUGGUGACGCAGAACGCGUCGUAUCCUUCGGCGAAUUCCGUGCCGAAUUUCUCCGUGCCUCCGCCCAAUUUGCAUCAGCUACCGCCCAGAUCGGAACCUUCGAACGAGCCGCCUAUUAAGGAUUAUCCCCGGCAAAAUUAUCGCGAUGCCAAGGGCGAGAAUUUCUACGAUUCGCACGACUUCAAUCGCGCUAACAACAAUUUCAAACGCGAGGAAUUGCCGCGCCCGAACGAUAAUUUCGAUCGACGAGCCGGAUUCGACGGGGAUCAAUUCGACAAGAACAAUUUCCAAGGCGACGGGGAUUACGAUGGGGACGACUACGGGGGUAACGAGGCGUUCGCGGGCGAUUUCGGGAACAGAAAGCCGGAGUACGAGCAGCCCUACGACGAUUUCGACGGCUACAACGAACAGGAGGAGGACUACGAUCGGUACAACGAUAUGUUCAACGAGAAAGAGGACCAGUAUCGACCGGCGAACGUCCAACAACAGCGGAAAAUUCCAUCGUUGAUGGACCAAAUAGCCCCAGCUCCGCCGCACAUUACCCAAACCGAGGAGCCCGACGAGCCCCUCUUCGAACCUACCACCGUCAUCGACUACGGGCACAAAUCGAAAAAGAAAAGCGUUAACGAAGUCUUCGUAGUACCAUUGAACAUGUUCGAUUACAACCACAAACCGCUGAACCGAGUGCCGCUACAUCACAGGCCGAAAUGGCUGAAGGAAGCCACGAAAUUUAUCAGAGAAUUCGAUCCGGCGGCCGUUCGAUACGAAAGGAUCCCGCCCCCGGCGCCUCUGGAAGACCGCUAUUCCCGGCUCGACGAGAGACCGUACGAAAGAGGCAUCCGGGACGAGCUGUACUAUAACCGAAGGGCCGACAAAUCGAGGCCGGACUUUGGGGAUUCGCAUUUCCACAGGAGAGAGGAGAAGAAGGACAAAUUCAAGGAGGUGUACGCGGAGAAGCGCCACAGCGAUAACCACAAAACCGAUCCCGUGGUGACUUUUAAUAAGGACGAUUUCGAGGAUUUCUCCGAUACCGAGAUGGACUUUGAGCACAACGAACAAGCGAGGCAUCAUUACGACGGCGACGCGACCAGGAGCAAAAGCAAAAGCCCAGAAUUGAGCAAUCCGCCGAAUCCUUCGAAUCAUCCGGUGGAUACCACUACGAUAGAGGAGAUAUUGAAUCCUCCGGGGAGGUACAAUCGACCGCCGAGGAUCGUGAUUAUUUUGAGGGGCCCGCCGGGUAGCGGAAAAACGUUCCUCGCCAAGCAGAUCAAAGAUAAGGAAGUGGAAAACGGCGGUUCGGCGCCGAGAAUUCUAUCGUUAGACGAUUAUUUUCUGGUCGAACAGGAGAAGAAAAUCGUAGAAGACGGCAAAGCGCAAAUCGUAAAGGAAAUGGUCUACGAGUACGAAGCCGACAUGGAGGAAUCCUACAGAAUGUCCUUCAUGAAAUCCUUCAAAAAAACGAUAACGGACGGUUACUUUCCCUUCAUCAUCGUCGACAACGUCAACGAUAAAGUCAAACAUUUCGGGGAAAUGUGGAGUUUCGCCAAACAAAACGGAUUUCAAGUGUACUUGUGUCAAAUGGACUUGGAUCCGGUGCAGUGCGCGAAACGCAACAUACACAAUCGAACCGAGGGCGAGAUCGAAGAGAUAAUAUCGAAUUGGGAGCCGACGCCGUCGCAUCAUCCGACGAUAGACGCGUCGGGUUUGUUGCAAACGUUCAACGCCAUCGCCGACGUGGAAAUGGAAAUAGUGGAACAAUCGCAGGAUGUUCUUAACGAACCGUCCGAUCCAGAGGACCAAGUAAGAAGCAAAUGGGACAAUUUCGACUGUUCUAGUAAUAAUCUUGCCAAACUCGAUGGAGUCAGUAAGCCCCUCAGAAAAUCACGAACCAUGGAGGAGUACCUUCAGUUGGAAAAAGAAUGGGAACCCCCAAAAUCAAGCACACCGGGGAAGAAGAGGGUCCGGUGGGCCGAUUUGGAGGAACAGAGACACCUGGAAAAGAUGAGAGCCAUCGGAUUCGUCGUUGGACAAACUGAUUGGGACAGAAUGAUGGAUCCCACUGGCGGGAGAAGUGCUUUAACUCAAACUAAGUAUAUCGAAAAUGUUUCGAGAUACAGACAUAUUUAAUUUCCUUUAUUCGCAUGGAUUUUGUUCGGUUGAAUUGUAUAAUUAAGCUGUACAUGUUUAAUUUAUCUGCGUUUAUUUAGAAGUAAAUUUCUUAUCAUUUUUUUAUUUUAUUUUCGUAAGAACUUCUGCAUUUCCAUUUUCUAAUAUCUACACAUAUUUUGAAGUUUCAGCCUUGUUUCCUUGAUAAUUAAAACAAGUUUUAUGUUCAACUCUUUCUUAAAUAUUAUACAUGUUUACAACUAAACUUAUUUCUUCUCUUCGUUUUUAUUUUUAUCUAAUAAAACGCUACGAAUUCCGGCUUUUUCUAGUUCCUCGAUUAAAUCGCCGGAUUGGUGCAUUUGUAGCAUUAUAUCACAACCGCCAACAAACUCGCCGUUUAUGUAAAUUUGGGGUAUGGUGGGCCAAUUUGAAAAAUCUUUUACGGCUGCAAAACAAAUCGUAAUGGCAUUGAAAUGUCUGAAAUAAUUAAACCACUUACCUUGUCUCAGAGAAUUAUCCGCCAAGACAUUGUGAGAAUCGUAAGUAACACCGUGCAUUCUUAAUAUUUGAACUACGGCAUUGCUGAAGCCGCACUGAGGUUGCUCCGGAACACCUUUCAUGAACACUACAACUUUGUUAUUCUUCACCAGUUUUUCGAUUUCCUCUUUGGAUUUCGUGCUGCAAUAUCUGUAAAUUAUAUUGGGCUUUAAGAUACUAUUCCGAAGAAAAUUCAUGUUAUUUUUGAAUAUAAAAAUUAUGAUAGAUUUAUAGGUUAAGUAAUAUUAUGACACUGUUGACAUCUUAUGGCACAGAACAAUAAAUAUAAAAAUUCAACUUUUGUUAUUCACUAAAU